CAAUAAAAACAUGAAGAAAAUCAAAUUCAAGAGGACCCUUAUAAUGGUUAAUCUCAAGAUGUUUCCACUUUUCCUCGCUCUGACGUUCGUGGUCACAAACAAGGUGUUUGCUCAGCACAUUCCGACCACCCUCGAAGGCCCCUUCCCGCCGGUGACCCGCCGUUUCGACGCCUCUCUGCGCCGCGGCAGCGAUGACUUGCCCAUGGAUCAUCCUCGUCUCAGGAAGAAUGUCACCUCUAAUUUCCCUGACCAGAUUGCUCUUGCCUUGUCCACCCCUUCCUCCCUCUUUGUUUCUUGGAUCACUGGGGAUGCAAAGAUUGGGGUGAAUGUGACUCCACUUGAUCCCACCUCUGUGGGUAGUGAGGUGUGGUAUGGGAAAGAGAGUGGCAAAUACACCUCCAAGAAAAGUGGGAUUUCUUUGAUUUACAACCAGCUCUAUCCAUUUGAGGGGCUCUUGAAUUACUCCUCUGGCAUCAUUCAUCAUGUCAAAAUUGAUGGGCUUGAGCCUAGGACAAAGUAUUACUACAAGUGUGGGGAUAGUUCCAUUGAUGCAAUGAGUGAGGAGCAUGUGUUUGAGACAAUGCCUUUACCCAGCUCUGAGAACUACCCUUGUAAGAUAGCAGUGGUUGGAGAUUUAGGCCUCACUAGCAACUCCACCACCACCAUUGAUCAUCUCAUUUCUAACAAUCCCUGUCUGGUUUUGAUGGUUGGGGACUUGACAUACGCGAAUCAGUACCUCACCACCGGAGGGAAGGGCGCCUCUUGCUACUCGUGCGCCUUUCCUGACUCGCCCACAAGGGAGACUUACCAGCCGCGUUGGGACGGGUGGGGGAGGUUUAUGCAGCCCUUGACGUCGAGGGUGCCUAUGAUGGUGAUCCAAGGGAACCAUGAGAUUGAGCCUCAAGCGAAUGACAUGUCGUUUGUUUCGUAUACGAGUAGAUUCUCUGUCCCGGCAGAGGAGUCGGGUUCGAACACCAAAAUGUACUACUCUUUUGAUGCAGGAGGUGUGCAUUUUGUGAUGUUGGGAGCUUAUGUGGACUACAAUAAGACAGGUGAUCAGUAUGCUUGGCUGGAGAGAGACCUUGAGAAUGUGGACCGUGGCACGACCCCGUGGCUGGUGGCCGCGUGGCAUUCGCCUUGGUACAACAGCUACUCGUCUCACUACCAAGAGUUCGAAUGCAUGAGGCUGCAAAUGGAAGCACUUCUCCACAAAUAUGGAGUUGACAUUGUGUUUUCUGGUCAUGUGCACGCGUACGAGAGGAUGAAUCGGGUCUACAACUACACGUUGGAUCCGUGUGGGGCCUUGUACAUCACGGUUGGGGAUGGGGGAAACAUUGAGAAAGUUGAUGUUGAUCACGCGGAUGAGGAGGGGAAGUGCCCUUCUCCAAGUGACAACGUGCCCGAGUUUGGGGGCGUGUGCCACACAAAUUUCUCGUUUGGAGCGGGGAAAGGCGGAUUCUGCUGGGACAGGCAGCCCGAGUGGAGUGCCUUUAGAGAAAGCAGCUUCGGACAUGGCGUGCUCGAGGUUGUGAACUCGACUUACGCACUGUGGACUUGGCAUCGGAACCAGGAUAUCUACAAGGAGAACAGCCGAGGCGAUCAGAUUUACGUCGUUCGACAGCCUGAGCUGUGUUUGGCUGGAUCUAAGAAAAUUGGAGUGUCCCCUGCUUUGGCACCAUCAUCAAAUGCUGCUGCUGUUGUUGCUGCCUUUACCAGUCCUUUGCUAGUUACAAUUUUGUAUCACUUGCUUGCUUUUUCUCUCCAAACAUGUAUGAUUUGAAGCAAGAACAUGUAUCCAAAAUCAAAUUCCACUAACUUAUUUAAAUCCACAUUCUAUUGUCAU